UUCAGGGGCUGAAGUGAAGGGCAGGCGACUGCGCCAGCGCGGGCUUCCGGGAACAGCCCGGCGCGACCCCAGCCCGCUGCGCGCGGCGGAGCCGGGCCCGGGAGGCCCGAAGGGGCGGCCGCCAUGUGGGACCCUCAGGACUUCGAGCGCCACUGGCAGGCCGAGUUCCCCGGGGAGAAGGCCCCCGUCAUGCGGCUGGACUCGGUGCUGGACAUGGAGCGGGAGCUGGAGCGCUGCAAACUCAACAUGAAGCGGCUGCAACAGGUGUUGGCUGAGGAGAAGUUCAAAGUCUCCUACCUGCAGGCGGCCCUGGCCGCGGAGAAGCGGGACCUCGGCUGCGGGCGCUCGGAGGGCGGAGACGGCGACCGGCCGGGAGCUUGGGCGGAGGAGCCGGCGCCGGCCGGGCCGGAGCGGUCGCCGCCACCGCGCGAGAAGCAGGGCGCCGCGGGCGGCGGCGGAGACCCCCCAGGCCCCUGGCGCGGGGACCCGGAGGCGGCCGCGAAGGCCGAGGCUCCUCCCUACGCGUGCCCGGACCUUCCCACCUGGCCCCGGCCGGCGGGAGCCGGGGGCGCGGUGCGCAGCCUGACCGCCGCCAUCCACCAGCAGCUGGUGCAGCCUCGCCUCCUUUUCAGGUCCCAAGAGGACCACGCGCCCCCCGGCCACGAUGACACAGUCCCCAGCGCCCAGGGAGAGGAGCUGCCCUCCGGGACCCGCGCGGGGCGGGGCUCGGAGGAGGGCGAGCCGGACGCCUCGGUCGCGGAGGAUGGGGGCAACAGCAGUGACCACGACUUCGAGAUGGUGGAUUUGAACGAGAAAUUCGUCCUCGGCCACUUGCUCGUGGGCCCCUGCCGGCUCGGAGCCCGCGAUGAGGCCGAAAAGCCGGCGCGGGCGGGCAGCCCCCAUCGCUGGAUGCACCUGAUCCCCGGGGGCCGGCGGCAGCAGCGCCGGAGCCGCGACCUGGAGCUGCUUGAGGCGGAGGCCAAGGACGGGCGGAGCUCGCCCCUGGCGGCCGAGGAGCAUCCCCGGCGUGGGGCUCGCGAGCACCUCCCCCCGUGGCGGCGCAAGAGGUUCCUGCGGGUGCCGGAGCGGGACUCGCCCAGCCACAGCUCUCCGGAGAGGGGCAGUGACUGCAGCCGCAACAGCUCGGACCACGAGGACGGCUUCUCUGCAGACUUCAGCUACGGGGCCGACGACUACGACGGAGAGGGGAAUGAGGAGCAGAAGGGGCCCCCGGAGGGCUCGGAGACCAUGCCGUACAUCGACGAGUCGCCCACCAUGUCACCCCAGCUCAGUGCCCGUGGCCAGGGCGGCGGGGAUGGCAUCUCCCCCACCCCACCUGAGGGGCUGGCACCUGGGGUGGAGGCAGGGAAAGGCCUGGAGAUGAGGAAGCUGGUUCUCUCGGGGUUCCUGGCCAGCGAAGAGAUCUACAUUAACCAGCUGGAAGCCUUGCUGCUGCCCAUGAAACCCCUGAAGGCCACAGCCACCACCUCCCAGCCUGUACUCACCAUCCAACAGAUCGAGACCAUCUUCUACAAGAUCCAGGACAUCUACGAGAUCCACAAGGAGUUCUAUGACAACCUCUGCCCCAAGGUGCAGCAGUGGGACAGCCAGGUCACCAUGGGCCACCUCUUCCAGAAGCUGGCCAGCCAGCUCGGUGUGUACAAAGCAUUUGUGGAUAACUAUAAAGUCGCUCUGGAGACAGCUGAGAAGUGCAGCCAGUCCAACAACCAGUUCCAGAAGAUCUCUGAGGAACUCAAAGUGAAAGGUCCCAAGGACUCCAAGGACAGCCACACGUCAGUCACUAUGGAAGCUCUGCUCUACAAGCCCAUUGACCGUGUCACCAGGAGCACCCUGGUCCUCCAUGACCUGCUGAAGCACACGCCUGUGGACCAUCCAGAUUACCCGCUGCUCCAGGAUGCCCUCCGCAUCUCCCAGAACUUCCUGUCCAGCAUCAAUGAGGACAUUGACCCCCGCCGGACUGCAGUCACCACUCCUAAGGGGGAGACGCGGCAACUGGUGAAGGACGGCUUCCUGGUGGAAGUGUCGGAGAGCUCCCGGAAGCUGCGGCACGUCUUCCUCUUUACAGAUGUCCUACUGUGUGCCAAGCUCAAGAAGACAUCCGCAGGGAAGCACCAGCAAUAUGACUGCAAAUGGUACAUCCCCCUGGCCGACCUAGUGUUUCCAUCCCCCGAAGAGUCUGAGGCCAGCCCCCAGGUGCAUCCCUUCCCAGACCAUGAGCUGGAGGACAUGAAAAUGAAGAUCUCUGCCCUCAAGAGUGAAAUCCAGAAGGAGAAAGCCAACAAAGGACAGAGCCGGGCCAUCGAGCGCCUGAAAAAGAAGAUGUUUGAGAAUGAGUUCCUGCUGCUGCUUAACUCCCCAACGAUCCCGUUUCGGAUCCACAAUCGUAAUGGAAAGAGCUACCUGUUUUUACUGUCCUCAGACUAUGAGAGGUCAGAAUGGAGAGAAGCCAUUCAGAAGCUACAGAAGAAAGAUCUCCAGGCCUUUGUCCUGAGCUCCGUGGAGCUCCAGGUGCUCACGGGAUCCUGUUUCAAACUUAGGACUGUACACAACAUUCCCGUCACCAGCAAUAAAGACGACGAUGAGUCUCCUGGACUCUAUGGCUUCCUCCAUGUCAUCGUCCACUCUGCCAAGGGGUUCAAGCAGUCAGCCAACCUGUACUGUACCCUGGAGGUGGAUUCCUUUGGCUAUUUCGUCAGCAAAGCCAAAACCAGGGUGUUCCGGGACACGACAGAGCCCAAGUGGGAUGAGGAAUUUGAGAUUGAGCUGGAGGGCUCCCAGUCCCUGAGGAUCCUGUGCUACGAAAAGUGCUACGACAAGACCAAGGUCAACAAGGACAACAACGAGAUCGUGGACAAGAUCAUGGGCAAAGGGCAGAUCCAGUUGGAUCCCCAGACUGUGGAGACCAAGAACUGGCACACAGAUGUGAUUGAGAUGAACGGGAUCAAAGUGGAAUUCUCCAUGAAGUUCACCAGCCGGGAUAUGAGCCUGAAGAGGACCCCAUCAAAAAAGCAGACUGGUGUCUUUGGCGUGAAGAUCAGCGUAGUGACUAAGCGGGAGCGCUCCAAGGUACCCUACAUCGUGCGGCAGUGUGUGGAGGAGGUGGAGAAGCGGGGCAUCGAGGAGGUCGGCAUCUACCGGAUAUCAGGGGUGGCCACCGACAUCCAGGCACUGAAGGCCGCCUUUGAUGCCAAUAACAAGGACAUCCUGCUGAUGCUGAGUGACAUGGACAUCAAUGCCAUUGCCGGCACCCUGAAGCUCUACUUCCGGGAGCUGCCUGAACCCCUCCUCACAGACAGACUCUACCCAGCCUUCAUGGAGGGCAUCGCCCUGUCGGACCCUGCUGCCAAGGAAAACUGCAUGAUGCACUUACUCCGCACCCUGCCCGACCCCAACCUCAUCACCUUCCUCUUCCUGUUGGAACACUUGAAAAGGGUUGCUGAGAAGGAACCCAUCAACAAAAUGUCCCUUCACAACCUGGCUACUGUGUUUGGCCCCACGUUACUGAGACCCUCGGAAGUGGAGAGCAAAGCACACCUCACGUCGGCCGCAGACAUCUGGUCCCAUGAUGUCAUGGCACAGGUCCAGGUCCUCCUCUACUACCUGCAGCACCCCCCCAUUUCCUUCGCAGAAUUGAAGCGGAACACACUGUACUUCUCCACCGACGUGUAGCCCAAGCCGCUGCUCAGGGACCCACCAGGAGGACCACACCAGGACUCCGCACGCCGUGUCCUUGAGCUGGGCCUGGUCCAGAGGUCAGAGCCUAAAACCAGUGUGGCCAGGACCGCAGGCAUUCCCAUCAGCCAGCCCACAGAAGGGUUUUUAAAAGAGGCCGGGGCCUAUGCAUGGAAUUUCAACGUAUCCCAGGACAUGGCCCGGCUGGGCUGCUUGCAAGGCAGGUCCUGGCUGAAGGAACAGUGUCAGAGGAACGCUACUCUGCAUAUGCCGCGAAUUGGAACAUUCCCACACUUUGCAGGAGCUUUCUCUCUCUCCCUCCAGAUGUCCAGUCUCUGGGCCACCUGGUACCACUUUUGGGACUCGUGGAAUCUGAAAAUAAAAAUCAGCCAACCCUUUA